GUUUACAGUUGCACCUACCCGACGUCCAACUUUGAGCCCGUCGACUGCUUCUGCGGCUUUGUCUGUACAAACGGCUAUGUUCGAUGCGGAACGAACUGCAUCAACCCGGCGACCCAAGUUUGCAGUUCGGGUGCGCCCGCUCCCAAAACCCGUAGGUCGCUGCGAGCCUGCUCGCCGGGAUCGAAGAUUUGUCCCAUCGGCCGGAUCGGUUGGGAAUGUAUCGACACUCAAAACAGUCUGGAAUCUUGCGGUGGAUGCCCCAACGCUGGUGGCCAGGAUUGCUCCGUCCUACCGGGUGCGGACCAGGUCGCCUGCGUCGAGGGGGCCUGCAGGAUCUCGAGCUGCAUCAGAGGGCAAUCGUUGGCUCUGGAUGGCACAUGUGUCCGCGAUUAG